AUGAAUUCAACGUCAUUUGAAAAAAAACAAUGUAUAUUGUGUAACAAAAUUGGCGGUAUAUUAACUUGUGAUGGAUGUCAACAAGCUUUCUGUGGUAAACAUGUUAUUGAACAUCGACAACAACUUAAUAUUGAAUUAGAAAAUAUUAUGCAAGAACAUGAUUUAAUUCAACAAGAUAUUAGAUUAUCAAUAGAUAAUGAUUUAUUAUUGAAAGAAAUUGAUAAAUGGGAAAAAGAAUCUAUGAAAAAAAUUCAAUUAGUAGCUGAAAAAGCUCGAAUUAAUCUAAAACAAAUUCUUGAAAAUUCAAAUAAUAAAAUUUUAAAAACAUGUCAAGAUGUUGCAUCGAAACUUCUUUCUGCACGAGAAGCUGAAAAUUUCUCAGAAAUUGAUUUAAAACGAUGGAUAGAACAAUUAAAUGAACUUAAAUCACAAACAAAAUUAUUAUCCAUGAUUCAUAUUGUAGAAGAUAAUAAAUCUCCUAUUUAUCUCAUCGAAAUAAAACAAACUAACACUGUAAAUACAUACACAAAAAAUAAAGAAUUAUUAUCAUCAUCGAGAAGAAUUGAAGAAAGAUUUAUUGAAGGAAAUGGUUUAGCUAUAAUCGAAGAUGGUGGUCUUCGUAUCAAACAUAUUGAUAGUGAUCAUAAAUUUAUUUAUUUUCAUGGUCAAAAAUCUUAUACAGAUGGUUGUCAUACAUUGAAAUUUAAAAUUGAACAUAGUACAAGUUCUUAUAGUACUUUUAUUGGUAUUUGUUCAUCUGAUAUUAAUUUACGACAGAUUAUGUAUCAUUUAACUGUUGUUGUUGGUUGGUUUAAUACUACUGAAGUAUGGCAACAUGGAAGAUGUAUUAGAAAUACUAAAUUUCAAGGAUCAAAAAAUGAUGAAAUAAAAACUAAUGAUAUAAUUCAACUAACAAUUGAUUGUGAAAAUAAACAAAUUGAAUUAUUUCAUGAACGAACAAACAAAAAACAUACAGUUAUUGUUGAUUCUAAUCAAACUCCUCUUCCAUGGAAAAUUCUUUUAGCAUUACGUCGAAAGAAUGAUUGCGUUAAGAUUUUACAGAGUAAUUAA